AUGGAAGCAAGCAAGAAAGCAACCAUCACCGAGAGAGCAUUAAUGAAUUAAGUGGAAGAAGCAGAUAUGUAUAAAUGCUGGGAAGGAGAGGUACAGAGACGACGAUAGAACACAGAGUCCGGUCCAAUGGAUCUGCUCCACCCUUCCAAUCCCAAUUCCUCCCCUCUCACUCCCUUAUCCUUCCUUGAAAGGGCCGCCGCAGUCUACGGCGACUCUACUUCCAUCUCCUACUGCAAUGCAAAUGCCGCUACCACCUCUUUUACCUGGUCCCAGACCCGCCACCGCUGCCUCCGCCUGGCCUCCUCCAUCGCCUCCCUCCUAGGGACCGCCAGAGGCCAAGUCGUCUCCGUCCUCGCCCCCAAUGUCCCCGCCAUGUACGAGCUCCACUUCGCCAUCCCUAUGGCCGGCGCCAUCCUCAACACCCUCAACACCCGCCUCGACGCCCGCUCCAUCGCCGCCCUCCUCCUCCACGCCGGCUCAAGGAUACUCUUCCUCGACUCCCACUUCCUCCCCAUCGCCCUCCAAGCCCUCUCCUUAAUUCCACACCAGCCCCCGAAGCUCGUCCUCAUAGCCGACGACGAGUCCACGGGCUCGCCGGCCGUCGCUGAGUCGUACGAGGGAUUGGUGGAGAGGGGCGACCAGCAAUUCAAGUGGGUCGGGCCCGAAAGCGAGUGGGACCCGAUGACUCUGAACUACACCUCCGGGACCACCUCCUCCCCGAAAGGCGUCGUGCAUUGCCACCGUUCGACCUUCAUCAUGGCAGUCGAUUCGUUGAUCGAGUGGUCAGUGCCGAAGCAGCCCGUGUACUUGUGGACCCUGCCCAUGUUCCACUCCAACGGGUGGUGCUUCACCUGGGGCAUGGCUGCCGUCGGCGGCACCAACGUUUGCCUCCGGAAAGUGGACCCGCCGGCGGUCUACGCCGCCAUACAGAGAGACCGCGUCACUCACAUGUGCGGUGCGCCGGUGAUUCUCAACAUGCUGUCUAAUUUCCCAGCUGUCCGGCCGCUCCCCCUCCCCGUUCAGUUCCUAACGGGCGGUGCACCGCCGCCACCCGCUGUGCUGCUCAAGACGGAGUCGCUGGGUUUCGUGGUCACCCACGGGUAUGGAAUGACGGAAGUGGCCGGCGUGGUGGUCUCGUGCGCGUGGAAGCAGCGGUGGAACUCUCUGCCGGCGACGGAGAGGGCGAGGCUGAAGGCGAGACAAGGGGUCAGGACGAUCGGGAUGGCGGAGCUCGACGUGGUAAAUCCGGCGACCGGAACUAGCGUGAAGCGAGACGGGCAAAGCCUAGGCGAAAUCGUGCUCCGAGGAGGGAGCGUCAUGCUAGGCUAUCUCAAAGACCCGGAAGCCACCGCCAAAUGCAUGAAACCCGAUGGCUGGCUCUACACCGGCGACGUCGCAGUGAUGCACCCAGAUGGUUAUUUAGAGAUCAAAGACCGGUUGAAGGACGUGAUCAUAACCGGCGGCGAGAAUGUGAGCAGCGUGGAGGUGGAGUCGGUGCUGUACUCGCACCCGGCGGUGAACGAGGCGGCGGUGGUGGCUCGGCCGGACGAGUUCUGGGGCGAGACCCCCUGCGCCUUCGUGAGCCUGAACCAGACCGUAGCUCAGACCCAGAUCCCAACGGAGAAGGAGGUCAUUGAGUUUUGCAGAGCCAGGUUGCCGCAUUACAUGGUACCGAGAACGGUGGUUUUCAAGGACGAGCUUCCCAAGACUGCGACCGGAAAGAUUCAGAAGACGAUGCUCCGGGAGAACGCAAAGGCGAUGGGUUCCAUACAAGGCAGUCGCCUCUGAGCUUUUCCUCCGCCGCCGCCGCUGCUCCAUGAUUAUGUAAAGAAGCUGAAACGACGCAGUGGAAACGACAGUUACAGUGAACAACACAGGAAAGAAAGAAAGGAUUAAUUAAGAAAAGGAAGGACGAAGGAUUUGUCGGAUUGACUUUCCAAAUUGAGUCGAUGUUUGUCUGUUAGUUUGUUAAUUAAAAGCAAAAAACUAAAAUAAAUCGAAGAAGCCAUAUUAUUUAAAUAAUUAAUGAUUUAAUGUGAGAUAAAAGCCAUAAUUAAGGAGUCCAUAAUUAAUGGAAGACGAAAUUGUUGUUGAGUUUGAUUUUUGACUCUUUCCAUUGGACCCUAAACCCUUCUCUCUUCCUGCGUUUAUGACGGCGGCCCUGCCACUGUUUC